UUAUUGCAAAUUCAAAUUAGCAACAAGAUGAAAAUUCUGUAAAUUUCGGAAUCUAGUAGUCUAAGAUAGUGUUUUACUUCCGGGUACAGUGAAAGUACAGUUUCCAAGCGGAUAACAUUAAGCUACAAAAUGGCAGAUUGGUCCUUCAAUCUCAUUGCGGAUAUGAAAAACCCAAAGCUGGUGCUUUUUCGAAGUGAUUUGGCUGCCGUUAUUCGCGAUAAGUAUCCCAAGUCGAAUCAUCAUUUUCUGGUGCUGCCAUGGGAAAAUAUCAAUACCGUUUAUCAGCUUUCUCUAAAGCACGUGACUCUUCUUAGGGAUAUGUACGACCUGGCGAUGAAAUCAAUUCAAAACACGCGCGUGAAGCUGGAAUAUUUUAAAAUUGGCUUUCACAUGCGGCCCAGCAUGAACCGAUUACACUUGCACGUGAUUUCGAAGGAUUUCCGGGGAGCAGGAUUGAAGCGCAUUCGUCACUGGACUCAUUUUAAUACGGCUUUUUUUAUGCCAUACCAAGAUGUUUUGGAUGAGCUGCUCGAACAUGGAACAAUUAUAGCACGAUCUACCGCGUACAUUGAAAAGUUAUUGAGCGCUCCGUUGCUGUGCAACCAGUGUGACUUCCAGACUACUGAAAUCGAACAAAUUGUUCGUCAUCUACGAAACUUUCACUGAGGCUUGUUGUUUCAAGAAUAAUAAGGUUGAUUGAUAGAUUGUAAAAAUGUAUGUACCUAUUAAAUGCUACUUCGAAGACCAGAAUCUACUUCUAUUGUAAAUAUAAUAAUUAGUAAUAAUUCUGUUGUGAAUAUAACUACGCAACACAACUACCUACACAAAUAAACACCGUUCUAACUAGGCAGUGUUUACAAGUUUUUACGAAUUAGAGACUUACAAAAGAGAAAUUUGAAAAAUUGAUUAGGAGCAUUCAUUGAUAUUUUAGUAACAUUUGGUGUAACUAAUGUAUUUUUUAAAUAUCAUUAAUGUUAUGAUAUGUGAACUAAACAUUAGAAUUGCAGUUCGACUGAUAAGCAUUAAAAAUAUCGGAAGGGAGCGUUUUAUAGUUGCAUUGGUUGCACAGCAAUGGGCCACCCCAAAGCCUUUCGAUGUACAUUGCAGAUCGCGCUCUUAUUGUACC